AUGACGGAGAUCGAUCAGCUGCCAACCGACCUGCAACCCCACCCGAAUCCACUUCCGAACCCCCACCAUCGAAAAGUCGAACUUCAAUCACCGCUCGACCUGACCUAUCUUCAGGAAAACAUUGCCGCUGCUACAAAGCAAAAACUCGAUCUGAACUUUCCACUCGAUGCUGCAACCAGGCCUACGACUGGAGAAGGAGAUGAAGGAAAGGAUCAGGUGCAGAACAGGGCAGAAGGGAAGGAAGACCCGAUGCGCGUCCGCGUCGCAACACUCGUCAACCAGUUUCUGAACACGACGUUUGACUAUGCAAGCCAUUCGAUAAGCAUCAAUGGCAACGAUGUCCAUACCGCGCUACAAAACCCCUCAUCUGCCUUUCCCAGCACGACCACAAGUUCAAACAUUAUCACCCAUCCGACGACUACAUCCUCCUCAGCCAUAUCCAAUACACAACCUCAGUCACAUCCAGAAGCCGAAAGAGAAGGCGUCCAUUUCUCCUACGAAGCAUACGAUCCUCGUCUCUCCACUAAGCUCGCUUCCUUAUACGCCGAGCUGGAAAGGGAGACCUUGGCCGUGAGUCAACUAAGGAGAACGGCGCCUGCUGAGGGGGCGAGAAUGGUCGGGGAGGCGCUACUUAGAAGCAUCAAAGAGGAUGAGGAGAGGAAUCACACGGAGAGCUUCAGCGACGGGCAGGGUGCUGAAGGAAGGCUGAAACUUGAUCCAUUACCGGAAGGAUGGAGGGAGGAGACCGCUGAGAUGUAUGAGCGGGGUUUGGCAGAUCUGAGGAGGCUUGCUGGCGGGCUGGGCAGUGCGGGUGCCAGGGAUACAUCAUCAUUGCGCAGUCCUGAGGGAGGUAGCUUGACGGAGACAGUGGGGAAAGUGCAGAGAGCUAGGGAUGUUACAAUGGAAUUUGAGUGA